AUGUCUUCCCCCUACUUGCUAUGGCACUACAUGCAUCAUCUGUCGCCUCCCGACAAGUCUCAGGACCAAGUCCUACACCCAACGCUCACACCAACAAAACUGUUCCCCAGCCAGUACCCAGGGUAUCUGCAAGAACAAAAUUUGAAUCAGUCUCCCCAUCAGUUGUGCCCUGGAUUACCGUACCCGUACAUGCACGAACAGCCUCACAGCCACCUGCCUCACAAACAGCAAAUACAAGAACAGCUUCUGCUCUCUCAGUACGGACAGUAUGUAGCACCACACGACAAUCUCAGUGUCGAAACGCACCCCCAGUACACGUCCCUAAAUGUCUCUCAUUCGAAAGACUAUAACGGAAAUAACAAAAGAAGUACGACGCCGACUGCAUUCAUGCAACUCAAAAACCGUCAUCAAAAGCUGGGAUCUGUUUGCCAAUCGCCGAAGAAAGGUUCGUCUUUUACAAUUGACGCAAUUCUUAACAAAGACUCAGAAAAAGUGAAGGAAGAAUCGUGCGAAGCUCUCUCUCCGGCGUCCGACUCCUUCUCCGAAAAUCCCAUCAGCACAAAUGUGAUAAACAGUUACAGCUCGACGUGUCAUCCAGCGCCACACAAGUUCGGAGUUCUUGAUGAUAACCUGAGAACAAAUAAUAUGUCAUCAGCACAUUCACCAUCACCCUUCUCAAUAGACAAUUCAGCAGUGAUAAGACGCCGAGAAAGAUUUCUUGACCUGGCGCAUCCCUAUCUGUACCACCACCACCACCAUCCCAACCAGCACCAUGCCGUGGAGGGUGCCAAGUUCCAGUUCCAGUCCCCUCCACAGCCGGGUAGGAGCUCGGGCCUCCUACACAUUUUCUUUUUUAACCGUUUCUCUUUUUCAGACAAACAGGAGAGGAAAAACGUAGGCAAAACAAAACGUAUCCGGACCAUCUUCACUCCUGAGCAGUUAGAGAGGCUGGAGGCUGAGUUUGAGAGGCAGCAGUACAUGGUGGGCACUGAGAGGUACUACCUAGCAGCGUCCUUGAACCUGACAGAGGCCCAGGUCAAGGUGUGGUUCCAGAACCGAAGGAUCAAGUGGCGGAAACAGCACCUGGAGCAGCAACAGGCGAGGCUGGCAUCUGGGGAGCUCUACCAGGACAUCGAUGACGAUACAGACGAUUCGGACAACGAGGAUGAUGGCGGGAGAAAAAAGCCCACUUGUGAUAACAUGGACACCAGGGGGGAAUUCCCCAGCGCAGACUCAGGACUUUCCCCCCAUUGUGCUGCUAAUGAUCGGUUCGAUGCAGGAAAUUUUCUCAGGAGACGUGAAGUUAGAACGAGUGAUAGGUUGAGCCGAGAUGACCUUUUGGACCGAAGUGACUCAAGACUAAACGAUUCCCCGUCUUCUUCCUGUGAAAUGGCCAUGCUUUCAAACAACGGUUGUGAGUGACUGUAAGAACAAGAACUACCUUGGACACAGUGUUGCAUACCCCCAUGUGUGAGACAAGCCAAGCGGACGUGUCGGUUCUUCCAUCACUCCAUUCUCAGCGCACGUAAGCUGCGGCUUGAGUAGAGAGGAGUCCGUCAGUACAUUGCAGUACAUAACAAGGAGAUGCCACAAGCGUGUGACUAUUCGAUACUCCAACGAUGUCGCUCUGUUUUCUGUAUAAAAUUAGUGUUUUAUGCACUUUCAAGAUAUUGCUCCUGCU